GCCGAAACAGCUGUUUGCUGUCAGAAGACGUCAAGUUUGUGCAAUAAUACUCAUGUUUACUCGUUAUAUUUAUAAAAUUUUGCUAACAAUGUGAAUGUGUUUGUAGUUAGUCCUUUAUUAGUGUAAUUUUAUAUUAAGUGCCCGCGAUUGUCAGCUGUUUGUUGCAGUGUAAGUGUAAUUGUGCCCCAACAUUCCCCGGAAAGUGUGAAACGGAAUGGCCAGUAGCGACAAGAAAAGUCCAGAAUUCACCAGAGUGAAGCUGAAAGCGCUGAAUUCUACCACUCAGGUGAGUGAUUCUGAUGCGAGUCUGGAAACCAAUAGUCUAAGUGCGGACAGCGGUACUGAGCAAAAUCACACCGUCCAAAACGAAGCCAGAAAAAAGCGGAAUCGGAAAGGAUCGGAAUGGGAAAUAAUGGAGGGCUUGAAGGAUGGUCAACGGUUCGAGAUCAAGCCCAACCUCUUCAGCGGGUAUCUGCACAAGAAGAGAAAAUGGCCCUUGAAGGGCUGGCAUAAGCGCUAUUUCAUCCUGGAUAAAGGCAUUCUGGUAUAUGGUAAAAACCCCAUCGAUAUCAAAAAGGGCAAAAUCCACGGUACUCUGGAUAUCGGACUAUCGGUGAUUACCACUAAAGCCUGCCGACGUCGCAUUGACAUCGAUGCUGAAGAGUUUAUUUACCAUCUGAAAGCGAAAACGGACGAUAUUUUUACCGGGUGGAUUCAGCAGCUCACCGCCCAUCGGCUCUAUCGACAACACAUUAUCACGUACGGUACAAAUGUGGGCAGCUUGUUUUCAGCCACUGAUGGAAUGCACGGUAUUUCCAUAGGAGCCGACAUUGUCUCCAAAGACGGCUCUCUGAGCAGGAAAAGUAAACGGAGCAACGCCGGUCGUUUGGAGCUGUGGGUCCAGGAGUCGGAUUCCACUUUGGAAAAAAUCCAGCGAAACUCUUGUGAAAUCGAAAGGAAUUUGGAAAAAAUGAGUCUGCUCUUACAGCAGCUGGAGAGCGUCGCCCCUUUAGAAAACAUCGAAGCGGCUUCUCCCAGUGUGAAGAAGGAUCGCAGGAAGUUCGGGCUGCGGAAGAAGAAAACCAAAACCAACAGCGUCGAUCUGAGCAUCCAGUUCAGUAAAACCGCAGUGGUGCCCGAAGCUGAAAACACCUCGCCCUUAUCUGCUAAUUCCUUCUCAAUGUUGUCCGUUUCGCAUCAGCACAUUAACACUCUAAGCAGCUCCUUGCCAGUGUCCGCUCAAGCCCAACCCGAUUCCUUCACUUGCGAUAGCAUCAGCAAUUCCGACGCUAUUUCUCUGCCUGUAGACGCUCAGCUUAAAGACGAGUUUAUAAUCUUAGGAAAAUCAGUUUUAGGUGAUCUGAAGACGAUGAUUGAGAGCAUCUCCAAAGAGAGGGAGCGACUGAAGGUAGCUUUAGACGCAGAACCUUGCGAUGUGUUCAAUAGUACUAGUAACAAUCAAAGUUCCAUAAGCCUAAAAGACGAUCUAAGCAAGAUCCUGCAGCAGAAUCUGGACCUAAAAACUCGUCUGUUGAAAAUCCACGAAGCCUCCAAUCUGGAGGAAGCGGCCGGUUUGGAUCAGAAGGAGAAAGGCCAACAUUGCAAUAGUUCCUUAAGUUAUAGUUCGUCGUAUGUGAGCGCGACGGAUUUUUUUGAUGCUGAAGAUCUGACUGCCGAUAAAACUGCGAUUUUUCAACGGGGAGAUGAUGAAAAGGACGAGGAAAGCGAGGUUCGAACGCGAUCAGAAAGCAGCUCAGAAGCGGACUCGUUUUCCAGUGGGGAGGGCAGCGUCAGUUCCGAGUCGGAGUUAGGAACCGAGCUGCAUAACACCACUGUGGCUCUUUUGGACACCGGCGAACUAAUCGAUCGCAGUUUAACCGGCCGAAGGACAACUUUGCCAGUUCCCCGGCCUCAUACUGGGGGGUUGUCUUUGUGGAAUCUUCUCAGCAAAAACAUUGGAAAGGAUUUGUCCCAAGUGAGCAUGCCAGUGGCCCUAAACGAGCCGCUGAAUGCGUUGCAGAGACUGUGCGAAGAGCUGGAAUAUUCAGAAUUGCUUGAUAGAGCGGCCAACACUGAGGAUCCCUACGAAAGAAUGGUUCUAGUGGCUGCGUUUGCCGUCUCCGCCUACGCCAGCACCUCAAGCAGAGCGGGCAAUAAGCCCUUCAAUCCUCUGCUAGGAGAAACCUAUGAGUGCAUACGAGAGGAUAGAGGCUUCAAGUUUAUAGCUGAGCAAGUGUCGCACCAUCCGCCAAUCAGCACCUGUUAUGCCGAAAGUGCGAAUUUCACCUUCUGGCAGGAUGCGCGCAUUAAAACCAAGUUUUGGGGCAAAAGUAUGGAGUUCCAACCGGUGGGCUACGUGCGCGUUCAAUUGCCGAAAACGGGCGACUUGUACACUUGGAACAAAGUAACCACUUGCGUUCAUAACUUGUUCAGCAAUCAGCGCUGGGUGGACCAGUACGGAGAGCUGAAGAUCGAGAAUGGCAAAAUCUCCUGCAAGCUCACCUUUUACAAGGCGAGCUAUUGGUCGUCGAAGCGGCACGAGAUUGUUGGGGCUGUGUAUGAUGAGGCGGGCAAGCCAGUCCGACGGCUUUUCGGCAAAUGGUCGGAAUCUUUGUACUGCGGGGUGGCGCCUUCGGCCCGUUGCAUCUGGAGGGCCGGAAAUCUGCCAGAAAACCACGAGCUGUACUAUGGAUUUACCAGAUUUGCCAUUGAACUAAACGAACUGGGUCCGAACGCUGCUCUACUUCCGCCAACCGAUACCAGAUUUAGGCCAGAUCAACGCGCACUGGAAGAAGGCGAUCUGAACACCGCUGAGGCUUUGAAGCUGCAACUGGAAAACGCGCAACGUGAAAGGCGGAAACGCCGCGAGGAAUUGCACCACCAUUAUGAGCCCAGGUGGUUUUCCAAUCCCGGAAAAGACGUAUGGGAGUACAACGGGAAAUAUUGGGAGUUGCGGGAUAAACCGGGCUUUGGCAAUCUCCAGUUCGAGUCGCUGUGGUGACAAUAAAUUCCAAAAUCUAUUAAUCGUUAUACGGUAGAAUGUUUUUAAUAAUUCAGAGUUUUAAGGCGAAUAUUUUAACGCUUGUUACGCGGCAGCUGCAAUAGAAAGGCUAUGCGCAAAACACAUGGUAAGUUGCGUGUUGUUAAUCUAUGUAAUUGCUUAUGAGGAAACCUCCAAGGUAAUCCAACUUUGGACUUUGUCUCCCCAAUAUUAACUAAAUUGGGUCGCUUGAACGAUUUUAUACAUAAAUUAGUGUUUUUUUAAUAAUUAACUGGUACUACUGAGGUUUUUGCGACUACACAGUUUAACAAGGUUUUCAAGUGAAAACAUUUGGGUUUUUAGUCCAAGUAAAUAGCGCAGUAGUUCCAAAGUUUAAACCCCUGUAAAAUGCGCGAUUAGUGCUAAUUGGAAGUUAUUGGCCGAAAACCAGCAAUUUUACCUUCAGCCUUAUUCUUCUACUCAAAUGUCUCCGUUGAAUAAUUAUUUCAAGCGCAGUUUUACGUAAAUUUUCUAAUGCAAUUUUUUUGUUUCAAAAAAUUCGGUUUCUCAGUCUCAAAAACUCAAUAGUCAAGCAAAAUAAGUUGGGAACACAGGAAAACGUAAAUGACACCAGAUGAUUUAAAUAGUUAAAAAUGUACAAAUUUCAACUAUAUUUCAGUUUUGACGAUGCAUAUAUUUCUGAUACUUUAUACGGGGUGUCCCGCCCGGAAACACCGCGAUCUAUAAUUAGGACAAAUCAGCACAAGUUUGUCGAUGAUUGGCUUUUUCGGGCCGGACACCUUUUAUAAAAAUCUGCUACCUUUAUUGGAAUGGGAGUAUUUCCACAGUCGGCGUUCCCCGGAUUGUUUCUGUUCUCACUUUUAUCGUCAUUUUUUGUGAUUUUCCCAAUCAAAAACUACGUAAUAGUCCUAUUUUAAACGAAAGCUGCCUAACGGGUUUAUGUUUUAACUAGAAAUACUUUGAAGUACCUUGGCUUGCGAUAUUAAGCAGACUUUAAUAGUUGGCUACAGCCUAAUGUAACUCUUAGGGUUGGUAAGCUAAAUAUAAUUUAUUUAUAAAAAUGGUGUUUUUAAAGAGUAUACGUAGUUCGCGUCGAGCAUAUCUGUGACUUUGACAAAAUUGAGUCGUUUGUAGUAUGUAUUAUUGUUAAUUGAAACGUUUGAUUCGAGUUAGUCUCAAGGGAGAUUUUCGGUAAAAACCAUUGCAAAAUCUACACUUUAAGGGCGGUUGAUACACAACGACUUAUCUAAAGGUCAGUGGUGGCCGUAGAUGCGUUACAUGUUUGCAUCAAUAAACCCCGAAUCAAGUGCUAACUUUUAGGCAAAAAUUACACGAUAUACGCGACACUGUAGAUGCCUCCACCACAUUAGUCGCUUGUUCAGAUACAGACUGGAACUGGAAAAAACGUCUUGAUUCUGUUUUUUGAAAAAAAACUUGGCUUGUUCGAUUGUUAUCAUCCUGAUAACAAUCAAACAACUCCUUAACGUCGACGGUUUCCAAAUUGUCCGAAAUAUUCUCCUUAAACGUUAAAAGGGAGUCUUUAAACCGAUAACGUCUGUCGCUUAAUCGCAUCGGCUUUACUUGAUACGACAAGAAAUUGUGUCUCAGCCGCUCUUUUGUGAUUGACUUUUAAUGCUCUCGUUUUUUCGUCAAAGCAGCGUCGUAGAAAAGCGAUACUGUUCAACUGGCAGUGAUAACUAGAAAAUUUAGAAAACAAUUAUAAUAAUUUGCCUGGUCAGUUGAACAGUAUGCCGUUAACGCACCAUCCGUGAUAAUAUGUUAAAUAUGCAGUAACCGGCAAUAAAUUCAAUGCGAAUUA